CAUAAAAAGGCACGGACUGUCAACACAUGAGUGGCAAGCACCUGGCCCGAACGAUAAAAGGUCACCGUGCCCCGCAUUAAAUACUUUAGCUAACCAUGGAUACCUACCUCGUAGCGGAGACAAUAUCACAGCGAGUCAAUUAGUAAAAGGACUUCAAGAAGGUCUUAACUCAUCACCGCUGCUCGCCAAUGUUUUAGCUAACGGUGGCUUUCAUCUGCUUGACAAGCUAUUCGAUAAGACAAUGAAUCUUGACGAUCUAAGUCAACACAACAAGAUAGAACAUGAUGCGUCACUAACUCGAAAAGACUUUUACUUUGGUGAUAAUCACACAGUCGAUCCGGAAUUAGUUGAUUUGUUGCUCAAACAGAAUAUUGAUGGAAAAAUUAACGAGGAAGCAUUAACAAAACUUCAUUGGAUCCGAUUAAACAAUUCUAAAGAAGUUAAUCCGACUUUAUUGUAUAAUACUAAACAAAAAUUUCUUUCAGCAGGAGAAUCUUCUUUAUUAUUAAAUUUUAUUGGCGUUAAUACAAAUUUUGAGAUCGAUAUUGAAAAAUUAGAAGUAUUUUUGAAGUAUGAAAGGUUUCCAGAAGAAUGGAAAAAGCCCAAUAAGACGGACACUUUGUUAGGAUCAUUAAUCCUCUCACUAGGACCUGUUACAGGUGGAAGGUUAAUGCAAACGUCUAUAGAAUUUGCACCAGGACCUGUUAAAGGCGGAAGGUUA